UGUCAUCGUCGUUGAGAAAGGCCAUUCUCAUUAUGCUUUCAAAGGAUCCUCAGCAAGCUGCCACGCGCGGCCUCCUGUCAGAACAGGGCCAGUCUCGCCUCUUUACCCUGUCGCCGCCUCCGUCAAUAGAAGCCUUCAAAGCCAUCUGCGCCCAAACCACCACUAAGGACCAAUACCCGCUAGCGGCCGCGAUCGAGAAAAAUGUCCCGAUUUACAAGCUAGCUCCCUACUCUACAAUGACGGAGGACCAGAAGAGGGAUCUUCAAGAUGAAUGGUACCGAGUCCUCCUCCACGGUCCGGGAGUAUUUGUGACCAGCGGCCUCUUCACCGACGCGCAGGUCAUCGACAAAGCUACAGAGACCUUCUACACAAUCAUUGAGGAGGAAAAGAAAUCGCCCAAGACGCACGGCGAUCACUUCGCGGGUGCUGGAAAGAACGACCGCAUCUGGAACUCGUUCAGCAAGCAUUGUCUCGCUGAUCCGGCCUCAUUCCUAAGCUACUACUCAAACCCGUACCUUGAUCUCAUCUCCGGCGCAUGGCUAGGUCCCGGCUACCGCCUCACGGCCCAGGCCAACAAUGUCAAGCCUGGCUCGGCUGCACAAGUCUCCCACCGUGACUAUCAUCUGGGCUUCAUGUCCGCUGACCGAUGCGGCGGAUAUCCGCGAGCCAUGCAGGUGGCUAGCCAGUGCUUGACCCUUCAAGGCGCCGUCGCCCAUGUCGAUGUGCCCCUCGAGAGCGGACCCACGCGAUUGCUUCCUUUCAGCCAGACCUUUUCCGCUGGAUACAUGGCAUACCGUCUCCCAGAUUUCAACGACUUCUUCCUAAAGAACUACAUCGCCCUACCGCUACGCAAGGGUGAUGGCAUCUUCUUCAACCCCGGCCUGUCUCACGCUGCCGGAGAGAAUGUUUCGACCAACAUUAAUCGCCUGGUGAACCUCCUGCAGGUCAGCAGCGCUUUUGGCAAGCCAAUGGAGACGAUCGACGCCCUCCCCCUAGUAGAGAGCAGUUGGGACCAUCUCAUCACCCUGUACAAAGAGAAGGGACUGUGUGACGAGGUAAAAACGUUCGUUUCCAUCGUUGGUGAAGGAUAUCCCUUCCCCACCAACCUGGACAACAACGCUCCAAAGUCGGACAACAUGGCUCCAGACUCCGAGCAGGAUAUAAUCUUCAGCGCUCUUUUGGCUGGCAAGAGCAAGGCCGAGGUUGUCUCUGAUCUUGACAAAUUCCGGGUUAAUUCCAGGGCAUAAUCCCGAGGUUAUAUAGCCGCGCAAUUUGCUCGUCAAGGAAUAGACAAAGAAGGGAAAUUGAAUUCACA